GCGAAGAUUACCUUAUUCUGGCUACUGCAUCCGAGCUGCGUCCAAUAAACACAAGAGGGAAAUACGACCGACUUCAAAAUUCCACCAGCGUCGGUGCCAUCGGGUCCCUCAUCUCUCCGAUCUGCUGACUGGUGGGGGGAGAUGCUGGGCGCGUGCUCGGCGGGCGAGGUGUUCGCCCUGCUGGAGGGCGGCGGCGCGGGGGGCGGCGGCUCCGGCUCCGCGCUGCUCGCGCUGUACGGCGCCGUGCGCGAGCCCUGGCUCACGCGCGCGCUGCUCGCCUACCACGCGCGCACCGGCUCCGCGCGCGCCGUCGAGCUGCUCGCGCGCGCGCCCGAGCCGCACGCCAAGCACCUGCUCGACGCGCUGCACGAGCAGCUGCGCGAGCCCGCCGCGCGCCGCGCCGCGCUGCUCGCGCUCGCCCCCCUGCUCGCGCGCCGCCCCGCCUGGCUGCACCGCCUGCAGCCGCCCCACCCGCUGCCGCGGGAGCUGCUGCGCGCCGCACGCACCGAACGCGAGGUCCUGCCGCUGCUGUACGCGCUCAUGGCGCUGGCCGCGCUGCUGCCCGCCGCGCCCGCCCUGGCGGCCUCGUUGGCGCCCGAGCUCGCCGACGCGCUGCUGCGGCCCGCGCAGCUGGAGCCCGCGCCGCCCGCGCCGGCGCGGGACCAUCUACUCUUAGCGCAGCUGGCGCUCUUCCGCGCGCUGUACGCGACACAUCCCGUGACUCUGCUGGAGGCGCUGCGCGCGGAGCACGCGGCCGCGUCCGCCGCCACGCGCGACGCCUGGCAGCGCGGGCUGGCGCCGCUGCUGGCCUCCGUGCGCCUGCACCCGGCGCUCGUCACGGGCAGCCGCGCGCGCGAGGCCGACGCCGGCCGCUGGGCGCGCCUCGAGUGGCACGACGUCGUGGCCGAGACGCGCCGUCUGUCGCUGACGCCGCGCGAGCGCCAGGACGAGCGCGAGCGCCCCGCCCAGCCGCCGCCCGCGCCCGCCGCGCCCGUGUCGCCCGCGCCGGGAUGCGGGGCGCACGCGGCCCGCGCGGCGUCGGCGCUGCGCCCCGGCACGGACCCGUGGUUCCCGCUGGCGGAGCGCUGCGGCGCGGACUCGGCGCCGCACACGCCGCUGCCGGCCGAGGCGGACCCGGGCGAGCCGCCGGAGGCCGCGGUGGAGGCGACGCCGGAGAACACGCCCGCGAAGGAGACGCGCGAGCGGUUUCGCUUCCCCGCGGAGUCGAGCGCCGUUCGUGCCAUCGGGCGCCGCUCGCAGCCGCCGUCGCCGCUGCGCAAGGAGACGUCGCCGCUGGGCGGCGCGGGCCCGAGCGCCGGCGACGCCUACGCGGGCCGGCUGACGCGGAUGGCGCUGGACCGGGCGGCGCUGGAGGCCGAGGGCGGCGGGCGCGCGAGCGCCACGCAGCGGCGCGGGCCGGACUCGCCGGUGCCGUUCGGAGGCGGGCCGCCGCCGGCGGGGGCGCCGGUGGCGCGGCCGGAGCCGCGCGGGCCGGGCGCGCCGGACGCGGAGCCGCUGAACGUGGAGGACCGCGAGGUGCUGGAGCUGACGGCGCGGGCGCGCGCCGAGGACGCGUGGGCGGACAGCGAGUCGGCGCCGGCGGCCGCGGCGCUGGCGCGCGCGCUGGACCCGCGGCGCGGGUGGGCGGCGCCCGCGCGCGCUCUGGACCCGCGGCGCGGGCUGGCGCCGCCCCCGCGCCGCCCCGCCUCGUGCGGCCCGCGCCCGCCGACUCGCUCCACGGAGGUCGCCGUGCAGACGGUGGACGCGUGGCCGGAACCCUACGAAUUCAUCAUUGCCGAUUUCUAUAGAAAUCUUCCCGAUGAUUUUUCAAAAGAGGGCUCGGAGCCGGCGUCGCCGUGCGAGCGCCUGGACAAGUACCUGUCGUCGCUGUACGCGGGGGCGGGCGCGGGGGCGGGCGAGGAGCGGCGCGGGGAGGCCACCGAGCAGCUGGCGCUGCUGCACGCGCAGCUGCUGUACGAGCGCUGGCGGCGCGAGGCGCACGCCGAGCGCAACCGCCGCCUGCUGGGCCGCUGCCGACAGGUGCGUGCACUCGAGUUACAGAAUCAGGCUCUGAGAGAGCACGCGCGCGCCGCCCAGCGCGAGCGCGACGCACUGCGCGCGCGGCUGCAGCGCGAGCCCCCGCCGCCGCCGCCGCAGCUGCGGCCCGAGCACGAGGCGCGCCUCGAGGCCGCGCUGGCCGAGGAGCGCGCCGCCCGCGCCCGCGCCGAGGCCGCGCUGCGCGAGGCCGAGGCCGCCCGCGCCCACGACCACGCCGAGCUGCAGCGGGCGCGCGGCGAGGCCUUCGAGGCGGCGCGCCACGUGGAGGCGCUGGCGCGCGGCGCGCUGGCCGCCGAGCGGCGCGCCGAGCACGUGCGCCGCCUGCGCCGCGAGCUGCUCGUGCUGUCGGAGCGCGAGGCGCGGCUCACGGCCGCCGCGCAGGCCGCGCUCCGGGAGCGGCGGGCGGCCGCCGGCGCCGGCGAGGAGCGCGCCGCCCGCGCCGCCGCGGAGCGCCUGGCGGCCGCGAGGGCGGAGGCGGAGGCGGCGGCGGCGCGGGCGGAGGCGGCGGCGGCGCGCGCGGCGGAGCUGGAGGCGGCGCUGGCGGCGCGGGACGCGGUGGUGGCCGAGCUGAAGCGCGCCGCGCGCGCGGCGGCGGAGGAGGGCGCGGCGCGGCUGGACGCGCUGCAGGACAAGUACGCCAGCCUGCUGCGCGUGCUGCGCGCGGGCGAGCUGCGGCGGCUGGCGCGCCUGGCGGGCGAGGGCGCGCGCGCGUCGCCGCUGCCGUCGCCGGGCGGCGCCGCCGUGUCGCUGGCGGACUGCUCGCGCGUGCGGCGCCUGCUGGAGGAGGAGGAGCCGCGCGACAGUUAACGCCCGCCCCCGCCGCCGCGCCCGCGCCGCCCCCUGCUCUCCUACUGUUUCUUCCUGUGACCGCCCGCCGCCGCCGGGGUGGUGACGGUGCCGCGUGCUCCGACCGAAGUGUAUGAAGUGUCGAAUGGAUUCGACACACCGAAUCUUAACAUAUUAGUGAUGCAUCGGACGGGCGACGCGAACUAAAGUCAUCGAAAUAAUUGGGGGCUUCACAAUGAACGGUGGACGACGGCAACAUGUAUGCCGGCAAAUUAUUACGGUUCAAAAUAAAAUUAUUUAAGAGAAAGGUCAACCGGUUUAAUAAAAAUUGAGAAUAUUGAUAUUUGAAGCUAUGAUGUGUCGGGUCGUAUCACGGGGUUCUCCGAGUGACCCGGUCGCCGCCCCGCACCCCGCCCGCGGGGGUCGGUACUACGAUGCAUGCUUCUUAUUUUUAAGAGUGUAUCCUAUUUCAUUGAAAAUGUUUAUUGUUUGGUUAACUGUUCUAAAUAUUAUAUUGUAAUAAAGCAAAUAUCUUUUA